AUGGCGACAAUUCGGCCCAUGCGGCCCGACGACCUCCUGAAAUUCUCCUCCACCAACCUCGACCACCUGACUGAAACAUACAACAUCGGCUUCUACCUCGAAUACCUCACCAAAUGGCCCGAGCUAUGCCAGGUAAUGGAAGGCAUCGACGGUGCAAUCGAAGGCUACAUCCUCGGUAAACUCGAAUCCUCGCCCUACCCCUCGCCCAUCGAGCCCUACACCCCCACCGCCGCCGCCGCCAUGCAACCCAACUACCUCCCCUGGCACGGCCACAUAACCGCGCUCACCGUCGCGCCGUCAGCGCGCCGCCUAGGCCACGCGACCGCGCUGAGUGGCGCGCUGGAGCGCUCAUCCGACGCCGCGGGCGCGUGGUUCGUGGAUCUGUUUGUGCGCGCGAGCAACCAGAUUGCGCAGGACCUGUAUCGCGGGAUGGGGUACAGUGUGUAUCGGCGCGUGGUCGACUACUAUAAUGACGGGGAGGACGCGUUUGAUAUGCGGAAACCGCUAUCGAGGGAUGAGGGGAGGGAGACGGUGAGGGAGGGGGGCGAGGAGGUCAGGGUUUCGGCGGAAGAUGUGUGGUGA